AUGGACUUCUUCUCCAGGCAGGAGUGGAUCGAGGUCGACGAUAUCUGCAGUAGCAAGGCGUUCCUGCUAUCGCCGUGGUACUUCGGCGCGUUGCACUCGACCGGCGAGUGCGGGCUAGAGCCGAACUGCGUCUAUGCCGCGUUCCCGGUGAAGAAGCGCGUGAUGGUCUUCGAUGUGAAGAGCGGGACGAUGAUGAUGCAGGAGCUGGAUGAAGCCCCGGUGGCUAAUCAAGCGUUGUGGCUGCUGCCUACUGAGCACCAGUAG